CAUAGUUGAACGUUGAUUAGAACGCUUGUGUGAUAUGAUAUUAAGGAGGGUUUUAGCUAGCUUAAUUAUCUUAGAGUAUGCUGCGGAGGUUUGGAGCCAUGUUGAAAUUGAGGCGGAAGAUUAUUUCUUUCCCUUGGAACCUGUAAUUAAUUUCUGUAAAAUGGCUGAUCAAUGUCAACACGAUUUCGUUCCAAUAUGUGGACAGGAUUCCUUGGGAAUUUCUAGAAUGUUCAACGACAACUGUGACUUAUACGAAUACAAUUGCGAUGAAAAGAAACAAUACCGUCACGUUAAAGUCGAUGUGUGCAAGUACGAAGCAGCUGCAGCUGUAAGAGCGGAGAAUUAAGUUAUGCCGUCCUAGUAUUUUUAUUAA